CUAUUUUAAAAAAUAAAUCUGCUAUAUAACAUUAACAAUAUAAUACUACUGAUUCUACCUUCAUAGACGUCUUUAAAAUGAACUGUAGUGAUAUUUUAAAUUUUUCACUUCUUUUUCACAACAAGUGAUAGUUUACUGUUUUAAUUAUAAAUUUAAUACAAACUUCUUAAUUUCAGAAAAUUUUCAAGUUGUUGAUCAAUUAUGAAUGAGCACUCUAUGUAUAUUCAACAUGAUUGGGAAGAAUGCAUCAGAUGGUCCCAGUGUACAUGGUUAUUUGCAAUGCAAAUCAUACAAGCUCAAUGGAAUACCUAUUAUACAAGGAACAAAUGGGUUUGAAAUCGAAUCAGUAUCAUCACAUGCCAUUCAAGUAAAGCAAUCUUCCUGUCCGUCAGUCACAUUAUUAUCACCAUACAGGAUUUUCAAAGAUGUCCAUAAUGGUAGUGUGACAUCAUUGGAUGUUGUCAAUGGCCAGUGUGUGUCUGCUUCAGAUAGUGUUUUAAAGUCUUGGAGUAGUUUAGAUCACGAAAAAGAAAAAGAAGUAACAAUGACUGGACAUUAUGGUGACAUUUAUUGUUGUCGUUGGUUUCCUAGUGUUAAGGUUGUAUUAAGCUGUGGAGCAGAUUUACGGAUCAAAAUUUGGAGUGCUGAUACUGGAGAAUGUGCUGGGACGUUAGUAGGGCACACAAAAGCUGUUACUGAUUUAGCCAUUAUAGACAGAGGACGAAAUAUUAUAUCUGUUUCAAAAGAUGGAACAUCAAAGUUAUGGCAUGUUGGAAGUGGAAAAGUAAUAGAUGAUCUCAUUAAAGUAAAUCACACAACAUACAUAAAUUGUUGUUCAAUAAGUUCGCCAAAAUGUUUAAAUUUAGGAGAACGUAAUAUACCUACUUCUGACACAGAAAUCGGCACGGAUGAUAAAUGCUUAUUAAUUGGCUGUGAAAAUGGAAUGCUUUCAUUAAUUGGUGUAUAUGCACGCAAGAUUCUUGCCACAAAUAACUUAGACUGCCCAGUGAAUGCAUGUCAUUUGAAUGAAGAAGCACAAGUUUAUGUUGGUUGCAAUGACGGGCGUGUUGUUUGGCUAGACAAACAACUAGUAGUUAAACAUUGCAUAUUUGACACAAAUUCACCAGCCCGUUGUCUGUGUUUGUUUAAAGAAUUUGUGGUUUGUGGACAUAGCGAUGGUUCGUGUGUACUGCGGUCGGUCAAUGGCAAAAAGGCAUAUCUGACAGGUACCAAUGCUGAGCCAAUCUAUGAUGUUAGUACAGAUACAAGGUUUUUAUACACUGCAUGCAGAGAUGGCAUCAUCAGAAAAUAUUUGCCUGAACUGUUGUAAAACUGAGAAAUAAACAUUUUUAUCAACAUGCAA